AUGAGGUCUGCCAUCACCCUUGCCCUACCCGCCAUGGCUGCUCUCGGUGCCACCGCCAACACCCACGCCAACCUGCACCAUGUUCGCGCUCCCAUGCCCAUUGAGACUGGUAUGCCCCGUACUGGCACGCCCACGCUUAAUGGCUGCUACUCAAGCUUUGGUAACAUGACCAAGAUUGAGAUUGAUACCAAAUACCUCUCCAACGGCUCGUGCGGCAAGGCUUGCACAGACAGCAAGAAUACCGUUGCCGCCGUCGCGGCUCAGGCUUGCUACUGCGGCACCGUGUACCCACCAAAGAAGGACGUUAUCGAUGCGUCAAAGUGUGAUUACGGUUGCAAUGGCUUCGGUGAGGAAAUGUGCGGCAGUAUCUCAGGCGCCUAUUCGGUUCUCAACCUAGGUGUUGUCCUCGCUCCUGGAUACUACAGUGAUGCCUCUUCUUCUUCUUCUUCUUCCCCGUCUCCGACACCCACUUCGGGCAGCUCUUCGGCAGCAUCGACGUCCACCGGUGCCGCAACGGGCUCGCCGGACUCGUCGACUGGGAAACCCGAAAAAUCUGGCGGCGGUCCCAACACCGCUGCUAUCGCUGCCGGUGUCGUUGUUGGUGUUGUGGUCGCUGCGGCUAUCAUCGGAGCCAUUAUCUUCUUCAUUCGCCGAAAGCGCAACGCUGAGAUUGAGGAAGAGCACCGCCGCAAUGCUGCUGUCAAUGCCUUCAUCAGCGGAUCCAAGCCUCCCAGCACGGCUGGCGGCAUCUCCAUCACGGACUCGCGCCUGGACCCUGUCAUGGCUCAUCGUCGCCUGAGUGACGGCAGCAUUGCCGAUAACCAGGAUUACUCUCGCAAGAUUCUCCGGGUUACCAACGCAUAA